AGUCCCUCCUCAAAAAAAAAGAAUCAGAAGUCCCUUAUCCAAUAAUAAUAAUAAUCAGAAGUCCAAAGGUCCAAACCUCUAUAAAUUAGAAGCACCCAUCUAAGAUUGACAGGCGACAACAGCAAGCUACUCAAUAGAUAAUUAAGUAGCAAGAGACACCAUAUCCAUGGAUUCAAAGAAGUCUAACAAGAUCAGAGAUAUUGUGAGGCUCCAGCAGAUCCUCAAGAAAUGGAGAAAGCUUGCUAACUCAUCAAAAACCACAAGCAGCAGCAGCAGCAGCAGAAAGACCAUCAAGUUUCUCAAAAGAACACUUUCUUCAUCUGAUUACUCUAAUAUCCGUGGUGAUGUUUCCAGCAAUAAUGUUGUCCCCAAAGGCUACCUUGCCGUUUGUGUUGGAGAAGAGCUAAAGAGAUUCGUAAUUCCGACCGAGUAUUUGGGUCAUCAUGCAUUUCACAUUUUGUUAAGAGAAGCAGAAGAGGAAUUCGGGUUUCAACAGACAGGUGUUUUGAGGAUUCCUUGUGAAGUUUCUGUGUUUGAGAACAUUUUGAAGAUGGUGGAGGAAAAGGACCAUUUCCUUGUGCAAGAAUGCAGGUUUAGCAUGGAUGAGAAGGUUCAAUGCUGUUCAUCAAAAAGCCAGCGUACUCAACAUUCUCACCAUCCACAAAGCCCAAUGUGCAGAUAGUUACUUUUGGAUUUCAUUUUUCUGUUUUUGACUUUGAGCCCCUCAUCUUCAUGUUAUUUCUUUAGAUGAGGGCAUUUAUGACAGUGAGAGCUAGCUAGAGAGAGAUUUGAAUAAGAUGUAACAG